AUGAAGUUGAGUAGAGGUCUCAUAGAAGCUUCUUUUAAAGAUUCAUCUGGAGGAGGUACAUCUAUAAUUAGUAAGAAAGCUGGAGAAAUAGCUAGAAGUAUGGGAUUAGCACCUUCUGAGGCAGAAGUUACCCAUUUUGUAAAGUCAGUUGGUCCCCAAUGUGACUUGAAUUCAUUUGUGCGAUUCUGUGAUUCUAUUAGCCAUCCUGAAGAUACCUAUGAAAAUCUAGUUCAAUUUUUUCUUCUAUAUGAUAUAAAAGUAAGCUAA